AUGUAAAAAAAUGUCAUUUUAAAUUACUUAUAAAAUGGUUCGUCAUUUUAUCCUUUUGGAGAUGAGCCUUCACAUCAUGAUAUGAGUCUUGACCCUUUCAUUCCAUUUCAAAGAGAAAGAGAUAAAACUGGGAAAUUGAUUAAGAAUACUGAUUCAAAUUUAGUGAAAAUCGAAAAGAAUAAGAAUUAAUAUCACACUGACCACUCAUUUUCUAAUACUGAUUUACUAAAUUCUAAUAAACUCAACACUGAAAUAGAUUUAUCAAAAUAGAUUCCUUUAAUUGGACCAAUUAUAUAAUUACCAUUAAUACGUAACCCUCAAUAACAAAUUUAAAUUUAGGCUGUUUAAACUCCUAAGUAUACCUUAAAUUAGAAUUUAAUUGAAAUUGGCUUAUAAUUGAAAAAAUUGAAAAAACAAUCUUCACUUUAAAAGGUCUCACUGCUCAGUAGGAAAACGAAGUCUUUGGCUUUGUAAAUACCAUCCCUUGGAAUUUAUGAUCCAAAUCUUUCUUCUAAACACUUGCCAAAUAUUCAAAUCAAAUCAAAAGCAAGGUAAUAAAUAGAGAGAAUUUCUCCAAAAAUCUAAAUAUCAAUUCCUCCUGUGCAGAAAAUCAAAAAGAAUGAUUUUGAAAUGAUGUUUGCAAAAUAAAUGGCCUCAAUUAGGAGAGAAGUGGAUUAUCAGAUGUAAAGAAAUCCUAACUAAUUUUUUAAAGUAGAAAAAUUUGAUAUAAAACAAAAUUUGGAUCUAGAGGAGGCUGAUUAACUAAAAAAUCGUAUGAAAGGAUAUUUUUAAAGUGUUAAAGAAAGCUUUAUAAAAAUAAAAAAUUUGAUGAGCAUCAAAAAAUGA